AACCUGGAUUGCAGGAGCCCUUCACCAUGCCCGGCGCGCUGUAGGUGCUUCAUGGAGCAAGCCAACUUCUACGAGGUGGACUCGCGGCCCCCGAUGAGCAGCGGCCAGCACCACCCGCUCCAGACUCCCCUGCCCGGCAGCGCCUACAGCUACAGAGAGGCUCCCUCGGCGGCGGCACCUGCUGCGGGCGGCGCGGAGCUCGGCGACAUCUGCGAGAACGAGAACUCCAUCGACAUCAGCGCCUACAUCGACCCGGCCGCCUUCAACGACGAGUUCCUGGCCGACCUCUUCCAGCACAGCAAGCAGCAGGAGAAAGCCAAGGCCAUCCUGGCUGGGGAUUUCGACUUCCACAGCAUGCAUGGGGCCGGCGCCGCCGCCUCGGCGCCGGGGCACCAGCAGCAGCACCACCAGCAGCCGCUCUUCGGCUGCGUGGCCGGCUACAUGGACGGCAAGCUGGACCCGCUCUACGAGCGCAUCGCGGCGCCGGGCUUGCGGCCGCUGGUGAUUAAGCAGGAGCCCCGCGAGGAGGAGGAGGUCAAGUCGGCGGCCCUGUCGGCCCUCUACCCCCACCACGCCGCGCAGCAGCACCCCUCGCACCUGCAGUACCAGAUCGCGCACUGCGCGCAGACCACCAUGCACCUCCAGCCCGGGCACCCCACGCCGCCCCCCACGCCCGUGCCCAGCCCGCACCACCCGCACCACCCGCACCCCCCGGGCGGCCUGCCCGCCGCCGCCGGCGCCCUCAAGCUGCUGCCCGCCGACCACCGGAGCAAAUCGAAAAAGACAGUGGACAAGAACAGCAACGAGUACCGGGUGCGCCGGGAGCGCAACAACAUCGCGGUGCGCAAGAGCCGCGACAAGGCCAAGCAGCGCAACGUGGAGACGCAGCAGAAGGUGCUGGAGCUCACCACCGACAACGAGCGGCUGCGCAAGCGGGUGGAGCAGCUCAGCCGCGAGCUGGAGACUCUGCGCGGCAUCUUCCGGCAGCUGCCCGAGAGCUCCCUGGUGAAGGCCAUGGGCAGCUGCGCCUAG